CCGACACUACUCACCCGACACAGCUGUGACUGUUUUCUGCAGAGGAAGCCUGUCUCUGCUAUGAGGUCUGCGGUUAGGAAUGAUAUAGAAGCUUUUCCUCUCUCACCCAAACGAUGAUGUGACUUAACAACGUGAUAACAGUCUGAGAGCAGCAAAACGCACAGCAUUGUCGAGGUGCGAAUGAACUAAGUCGGCUCUCGCUCGAUCAGACAGUGGGAACGUCUGGAGAUCAAGCGCUGAAGUGGCAAAUGCCAAGACUAGAAGAACACUGCUGGAGUCGCUCCUGUACAUCGAGGGUGGAAUCUAAGAAUUAUUCUAGGGAAAACUGGGUCGAAUCGAAGGCUGAAGAAAUGAUGUCAAUUAUCACAUCAGUGCUUAGCAAUGUAUACGGCUCACUGCACAGUGUGCAAACAGCAAACUUGAUCAGACGGGGUCUCGUCCUUUUCACCGUGGGAGUCUUUCUUGCAUUGGUGCUCAACUUGCUACAGGUUCAAAGAAAUGUGACUUUGUUUCCCGAAGAGGUGAUGGCAACUUUGUUUUCAUCGGCGUGGUGGAUUCCCCCUUGCUGCGGCACGGCAGCUGCUGUUGUUGGCCUGCUAUACCCCUGCAUCGACAGCCAUCUAGGAGAGCCCCACAAGUUCAAAAGGGAAUGGGCCAGUGUCAUGAGAUGCAUUGCAGUAUUCGUUGGCAUCAACCACGCCAGUGCUAAACUAGACUUUGCCAAUAAUGUCCAGCUGUCCCUGACCCUGGCUGCCCUGUCCCUGGGACUGUGGUGGACGUUUGACCGCUCGAGGAGUGGCUUCGGCCUGGGCAUUGGGACGGCAUUCCUUGCCACCGUUAUCACACAGCUGCUGGUCUACAACGGUGUCUAUCAAUACACGUAUCCAGACUUUCUGUAUGUGCGCUCUUGGCUUCCAUGCAUAUUCUUCUCAGGAGGAGUGACUGUAGGAAACAUAGGACGCCAGCUAGCCAUGGGUGGUGUCGAGAAACUGCACAACGACUGAACAGAGAUCAGCUGAAGAGGAGCGAGAAGAACGACAACCAAUAUGGAGAACCAGCGUAAUGGAACCAAGUCUGACAUCAUGGGGAGAGACAUUUCAGUUUGAAAGAAAAGAGACUCUCAUUAUUUUUUUACUACUUUUCUGUGCAUUAUAACAAAGAGCUAGCCAGAAUCUCCUUUACCUAACGUGCCAUGACUUCUGCACCUCCUGGUGGCCAAAAGACCUUUCCCCCAUUCCUGUUCGGGUUCCAGAUAGCAUUAGGUUAGAAGUUAGCCGCUAUGCUAUCCUUGUUAGGGUCCAGAUAGCAUUAGGCUAGCAGUUAGCUGCUAGACUAUUCCUGUUAGGGUCCAAAUUGCAUUAGGCUAGCAGUUAGACGCUAUGCUAUCCCUAUUAGGGUCCAUGUAGCAUAAGGCCAGCAGCUAGCCACAAGGCUAUCCCUGUUUGGGUCCAUAUAGCUUUAGGCUAGCAGUUAGCCGCUAGGCUAUCCCUGUUUGGGUCUAUAUAGCAUUAGGCUAGCUUCUAGCCACUAGCUCCUCACUCACUAUGGCAGGACAGUAUUUGACCUUCCAGUUCUUCGAAAUGAAAAGUUAACUGGUUUCAGAGUGAACUAUUUGCUUUUUGCUGGUGUGUGCGUGCACGCGUGCUUGUGGAUGUGUACAGGUCUUAACAGAAAGACGAGGAAAAAAGGUGGUCCUAAAGGUUUGCUUUUUUGUUAUGCCCGAGUACACAAUUACCAUAAAAGGGAAACGUUUCAGAGCUGUGCAAAAAUGUCUGACACUCACAGAGACAGCGACCAGCAGUAUGUCACCGAUGACAUGUAUUGUAUGUUCCCAAUAUUGUAUGUAAUUAACCAAAAUAAGUAUUUAUCUCUGAGAAAUAAGAAUGCCAACACCUAUAACCCCCAAACCAAAUAUAUGUGAGAUCACAUAUGAUGUGACCAUGUUUUGAACGACUGUACCAUGACGCUACAAUAAGUUAGCUUAUUCAUAGUUGCAGUAAAAUAAGUAAUGAUAAAAAAAGGCACCUGAAUGUGAUCGGGUGUGAAAGCUCACCUCUUGGCUGACUUCCUGGACAUGGUGUGCCACAUGGAGUUGACCUAUGACCCCUCAAAUUAGUAUAUGAAUGGUUGAUUUUCCAUUUUCCAGACUAGGCAUUAAAGUUUGGGAACAUACAUUAAGAGAAGGAGAGAGCACAGGACAUUUUUACUACGGCCUUGAGGAUUUGCAAUCUGUGAUUGCCUUUGUAUUAUACAAUUGAGUGCUUUUGUCACUACCAUACCAGUUCAGUUGUAUUACUUGUACAUAAUUAUAUAUUGCUUACAUGUAUAAAUGCUUCCCUUUAUAAUCAGACAGGUAUUACCACACUAGACCUAUUUAGUUCGAUAGUUGGGGGUCUAGAGGAAUAAAAGUGCAAUUGCAUAUAUACCUGA